AUGCAAUCCCACAAUAAAAACUUGUUUAAGAGUUCAGUGUCAGAGUCACUAACUUCAACGGCUCCACUGUUGAGUAAAAAUAUCUAUGAUCAGACUCUAAAUCGAAUCCGUAAUGCUGAAGUAAACUUGUCUUGUUUUGCUUUUUUAUUUAGUGAAUUAAUUCAAAGGAUUCAGUCUCAAGUAUCUGGUAUUCAAGAAUUUGAAGAAAAACUAAAUGAACAUGGAUAUCGAGUCGGACAAAGGUUGGUAGAGCUGGUAAUUUGGAGAGAAAGAAAUCCCAGACGUGAAAUUCGAAUACUGAACAUUCUUCAAUACAUCCAUUCUACGUUAUGGAAAUACCUUUUUGGACGACAUGCAGACUCUUUGGAAAAGUCAAAAGAGAAUGAAGAUGAAUACAUGAUCGUUGACAACAACCCUUUAUUCAACAAAUUUAUUUCAGUUCCUAAGGAAAUGAGUCAGCUCAAUUGUUGUGCUUAUUUGGCAGGCAUUGUAGAAGGCUUUCUGGACAGUGCGCAAUUCCCUUGUAAAGCUUCCGCACAUACUGUACCCCUCGCUCAACACACUCAAAGAACCGUUAUCCUCAUCAAAAUUCACUCUUCUGUCUUGGCUAGGGAAGAAAUUAUUGGGUGA